AUGGAGAGCUCGUUCCAGCGCCGCGGGCGGCGGUUCCGCGACAAGACGCUCGCGCGCGAGCCGCCCGCGACGGCGUCCACGGCGUCGCCGUCGACGCCCGACGCUUCCGCGCGAGGAGCGGGCACCCUCGGAGGAGGAUCAGGAGGAGGAGGAGUCGGCGGCGCGGGCGAAUCCCCGCCGCCCGUCGCCGCCGCGCCGGGCGCGCCCGCCGCGGGGACGCGACCGGGCCUGUACGGCCAGACGCUGAUAUCCACCGGGCUCGCGGAGUUCGACGACCUCGUCGGCGGCGGCCUCCCGCUCGGCUCGGUGACGCUGAUCGGGUCCGACGGCGCGAACGAAUCCUCCCGGGACGUCGGCCACGCGGGAACGUUCGCGCGUUACUUCGUCGCGGAGGGCGUCGCGAGCGGUCACCGCGGGCUGUGGAUGCCGCCGACGAGCGGGGCGAGGGACGUCGCGCGCGCGCUGCCGAGGAUCGUGUCGCCGGACGACGCCGCCGCGCGCGACGACGACGACGACGGCGGCGCCGCCGCCGGUGGCGACGACGGACUGCGCAUCGCGUGGCAGUACCGCCGCUAUCUCAGGCAGGGAAAAGCGCUGGACGACUCGAGAGUAGGCCGAGGGAGAGACGGCCUCGGCGCGGGCGUCUCCGCGUCCGGGGGAUCGAGCACGAGCGCGAGCGCGAGGUCCAAGUCGAGGCGAAACACCGGAGGCGUCGUGCGUCUGCCGGAGAUGUGCCACGCGUUCGACCUCACGAGGGAGAUGGACCCCGCGACGAUCGCCGCCGCGACGCUGCGCCGCGAGCCGUUCGAGCCGCGCACGUCGCUGAGCGACCUCGCGCGCGGCCGCGGCGGAACAGCGGGCGCGGAGGACGAAACGUCGGCGACGACGCGUCGCGCGAGGCGGACCCGCGACCGUCUGCGACGCGCGCUCGACGCGUGCGCGUCCUUCCGCCGCGACUGCGACGCCGCUGGCCCCGGCGUCGUCGGCCGCGUCGUCGUCCACCCGCCGGUCGACGAUAUCGACGUCGGCGGGCCGUCCGUCGAGGCCGCGGGCGAGUUCGCGCUCUUCCUCCGCGCGUUGCGCGCGACGCUCGGCGGCGGCGCCGUCGCCGCGAUGGUCGUGUUCCCAGUCGCCGCGUGCGACGCCGCGUCCGCGGCGAAGUUGCGGCACGCCUCGGACGCGUGCGUGGAGUUGUCGUCGCUGUCGUCGCCCGCUGGCGCGCUCGAGCAGCUGCUGCCGGACCCGCGGCUGUGCGUCGGGUUGGUGCGCGUGCGCAAGCUGUCCUUCCCGGGCGUCGUCGGCGCGUCGCCGCUGACAAAGAUGGACCACGCGUACGCGUUGCAGAUAAGGCGGCGGCGGAUGGCGAUCCGGCCGCUGCAGUUGUCGCCGGAAGACGCGGGCGGUGGCGGCGGGGGAGGGGUUGGGGGGAGGGGGGGGGAGGGGAAGCCGAAGAGCGCGUCCGCGGGGCUGUGCGGCGGGCCGCCGAACGCGACCAAGGCGUAUGAUUUUUAAAUCGAAGCCGUCGCGCGCGCAGUUUGGUACGGUGAGCCGCUCCGUGUUGCGUUGGCAUCUUAGACUAGUGUAUCUUAUAGAAGAAGAGAGAACGAAACGAAAGAGCUCAGCUCGGUCUGUCGUUCGCUCGCGC